AUGUCCGCCGAAGACCAAGUCAAGCUGAACAAUUUCUCCGACAUCUUCUCCCUCGAGGGGAAAGUCGCCGUCGUAACCGGCGGGUCCAGAGGCCUAGGACUACACGCAGCAUCAGGCCUCCUCCAAGCCGGCUGCUCAAAAGUCUACAUAACCUCCCGCAAGAAGGCAGCCUGCGAUGAAGCCGUCACAGCCCUGAACGCCCUACCAAACAAGCGGCCAGGCGCGCAAGCCAUUUCCGUCCCAGCCGACAGCGCAAAGAUGGAAGAACUGGACCGCCUAGUUGCAGAAGUGAACAAGACAACCGACCACGUCGACAUCCUAUUUGCGAACGCGGGCGCAACAUGGGGUGAGAAAUUCGACACACACCCCGAGAAGAUGUUCUCCAAGGUGAUGGAUCUGAAUGUGAAGAGUGUUUUCUAUACGAUUCAGAAAUUCACACCCCUGCUCACCAAAACCGCCACAAUUACCGAUCCCUCACGGGUAAUUAUAACCGCCUCAGUCGCGGGAAUCGGCAUAGGAACAGUCGGCGAAAACGCAACGCCGUCCUACUCAGCCUCGAAAGCGGCGGCAAUCCACAUCGCCAAGAACCUGGCGGUCGAACUUGGUCCAAGACAUGUACUGACAAACGCCAUCGCGCCGGGCUUUUAUCCGUCCAAGAUGGCUAGUGGACUUAUUGAGGCUAAGGGGGGUAUGAAGGAGAUGGAGGAGUAUUCCCCUAAUGGACGUCUUGGCAAGCCCGAGGAUAUUGCGGGCCUUGUUGUUUUCUUGGGGUCUAGGGCUUCGAGUCAUUUGAAUGGGGCUGUCAUUGCUACGGAUGGUGGAGCUGUUCUCAAAGGGCGGCUUUAG